UGGUAGCAGCCGAAUGUGACUGGCGCGGCUCGCAACGGCUGGCCGCAGCCUCACGGUCUAGGCCAAACUAGUAGAGGAUUCGGACACACGACAGCCAGGGCGAGGCAGUGACAGACGGUCCGCGGACGAGCGAGCGAGCACGGCUGCAACAGCGACAACAGACAACAACAACAUGUCCACGGCAGGGAAGCCGAUCACGUGUCGCGCUGCGGUCUGCUGGGAGCCGAACCAGCCGCUGUCCAUCGAGGAGGUCGUGGUGGAGCCGCCGCAGAAGGGAGAGGUUCGAGUAAAACUCUUGUCCGCGUCCAUCUGCCAUACGGACUUCUGCUGCCUGAAGGGCUACACCAUCAAGGGAUUCUACGCCGGUGGCUGGCCCAUCAUCCCCGGCCACGAAGGGGUGGGCGUCGUCGAGAGCGUGGGGCCCGAGGUGACUUCCGUUCAGCCAGGUGACCACGUCAUCCCAUGUUGCGGUGCGCAGUGCAACAAGUGUUCAUUCUGCCAGUCGAGUCGGACCAACCUGUGCCAGCUGACAAACUUCCGCGCCGUGCUACCCGCGGGGGUGACCCGCGUCAAAGCCAAGGGCCGGAUGCUGCACCAGCUGGCGAGCCUGGGGACCUUCGCCGAGUACAGCGUCAUGGCGGAGACGUCGCUCGCCAGGGUGAACAAGUCCGUGCCCACGGCCUCGCUGUCCGUGAUGGGGUGCUGCGUGCCCACGGGCAUGGGCACGGCGCUCAACGAGGCCAAGGUGACGCCGGGCUCCGUGUGCGCCGUGUGGGGCCUCGGCGGCGUGGGGCUGUCCAUCGUCCUGGGCUGCAGGAUGGCCGGGGCCUCCGCCAUCGUCGGCGUCGACAUCAACCCCGAGAAGGAGGCCAACGCUCGCAAGUUCGGCUGCACCGACUUUAUCAACUCCAAGACCCUCGACAAGCCCGUGAGCGAGUACCUGGCCGAGAGGUUCAAUGGAGGUUGCGACUUCACCUUUGAGAGCUCCGGCUCCGCGGUCGCUAUGGCCGAGGCGUUCGAGUCCGUCCGCGACGCCGGCGGGCUCUGCGUGGUGACCGGCGGCGUACCCGAUGGGCAAAAACUCUCCAUCUCUCCCGGGCACCUGCUGAGCGGUCGAACCCUAACCGGCUCCGCGUUUGGAGGAUACAGAUUCCGCAACGACCUGCCAGCUCUGGUCGAAAUGGUCGCGGAGGGUAAGAUUCCAGUCGACGACUACAUCACAGGCUCCUUUAAGUUGGCUGAAAUCAACGAAGCCUUUGAUACCAUGAAAAGUGGAAAUUGCAUACGGAUCACCAUCACAUUUGACUAGCCAUUUGUUGUGAAGCGAUCAGCGCUGUCAGUCAGAAAACCCGGCAAUGAUGACCCUUCAGGGAGUCUGACUCUGGCCGAGCUCAAGUGUGAUUGAAUGCAUUAAAGAAACUUGGCUAACCACA